AGUUAGGCCGAAGGCGGGGCCACGGAGAGGGAGAAGGAAGAGGCAAGGGCCGGGCGGCGACGGCUGUAGGUUGUGAGACGGCGGCGGCUGCGGCGGCGGCUCUCCCUGGGGUGGACGAUGGAUAGCCAGGGCAGGAAGGUGGUGGUGUGCGACAACGGAACCGGGUUUGUGAAGUGUGGAUAUGCAGGCUCUAACUUUCCAGAACACAUCUUCCCAGCUUUGGUUGGAAGACCUAUUAUCAGAUCAACCACCAAAGUGGGAAACAUUGAAAUCAAGAAUAACAAAAAGAUGGAUCUCAUGGUUGGUGAUGAGGCAAGUGAAUUACGAUCAAUGUUAGAAGUUAACUAUCCUAUGGAAAAUGGCAUUGUACGAAAUUGGGAUGACAUGAAACAUCUGUGGGAUUAUACCUUUGGACCAGAGAAACUUAACAUAGAUACCAGAAAUUGUAAAAUCUUACUCACAGAACCUCCUAUGAACCCAACCAAAAACAGAGAGAAGAUUGUAGAGGUAAUGUUUGAAACUUACCAGUUUUCUGGUGUGUAUGUAGCCAUCCAGGCAGUUCUGACUUUGUAUGCUCAAGGUUUAUUGACUGGUGUAGUGGUGGAUUCUGGAGAUGGUGUAACUCACAUUUGCCCAGUGUAUGAAGGUUUUUCUCUCCCUCAUCUUACCAGGAGACUGGAUAUUGCUGGGAGGGAUAUUACCAGAUAUCUUAUCAAGCUGCUUCUGUUGAGAGGAUACGCCUUCAACCAUUCUGCUGAUUUUGAAACGGUUCGCAUGAUUAAAGAAAAACUGUGUUAUGUGGGAUACAAUAUUGAGCAGGAGCAGAAACUGGCUUUAGAAACCACAGUAUUAGUUGAAUCUUAUACACUCCCAGAUGGACGCAUUAUUAAAGUUGGGGGAGAGAGAUUUGAAGCACCAGAAGCUUUAUUUCAGCCUCAUUUGAUCAAUGUUGAGGGAGUCGGUGUUGCUGAAUUGCUAUUUAACACAAUCCAGGCGGCUGACAUUGAUACCAGAUCUGAGUUCUACAAGCACAUUGUGCUUUCUGGAGGAUCUACUAUGUAUCCUGGCCUGCCAUCAAGGUUGGAACGAGAACUUAAACAGCUUUACUUAGAAAGAGUUUUAAAAGGAGAUGUGGAAAAACUUUCUAAAUUUAAGAUUCGAAUCGAAGACCCACCUCGCAGAAAGCACAUGGUCUUCCUGGGUGGCGCAGUUCUAGCAGAUAUCAUGAAAGACAAAGACAACUUUUGGAUGACCCGACAGGAGUACCAAGAAAAGGGUGUCCGCGUGCUGGAAAAACUUGGUGUGACUGUUCGAUAAACUGCAAGGCUUGUUCCAAUCACACCCCUAAUGCUUUCUUUCUUCCUUUAUUGCCAAUCUUUGAACUCAUUCAACUCCGAAGAGGCCUCUCUGUGCCCUUUGACUGAAAAGGUCAAGUUUUAUUCUGGUACCUUGGGGAAGGUUUGUUGUUUUUUUGUUUUUUUUUUUUUUAAUGAGUUAAUCUGGCUGUUUAAUAUAACCACUUCCCUGCAAACACAACCAGGGGGCAAAGGGUCCUGUCUGCUGCUUUGUUUCUUCUAAGUAGGCAUUUAGAUAAAUCCUAUAGGCUUCCUAUUUUCACUUUACUGCUCUAAUGUUGCUAGUUUUAGUCUUUAGCACAAUAGGUGGUAUGCCUUUAUUAGCAUAAGAAAAACUUUUACAUAUUACUGGGGUGGGGGGUAGUGAGGGAUGGAUGGGUGGGCAGCCCUGAACCCUUUAGGGCUUUUCUCUGUAGUGUUGCGCUUUCUACAGUUAUGCUGCAGCUUUAAGUGCUUUAAAUCUUCUCCUGUUAACAUCCUAGGGAAAUGGUAAACUCAGAACUAAAAUGAUUUUUUUGCCUGGUGGGGGGAGUAGGUAAUCUUUUGAUUGUGAUUUUUUUGAGGUUUUCUGCUGGAGGUAUAUAAAAUGAGCCUUAUUUACAGUACUUUGAUUUGACAGAUUUUCUUCUUUUUGUCUGCCUGGAACUGUUUCCAUAUCAUAUUAAAAGCAAGUAUAUUAUCCCAUUACUAUGUGGCUUAGGGAUUUGUUUAUUUUGUUUAUUUCAAGUCACCCAUGUUACCUGGGACUAGACUCCCAGAAUCUAUCAGUGGAAAAGUAACAUUUAAAAAUGCAUUUUUUAACUCAAAUUACAGAUUAAAAAAAAAUGCUUAAGAGCUGGUGUUUUCUAAAUGCUUAUUUAUUCCAGAAGCUUUAAGAUAACCCAUUGCCAAGUACCAUUCUUGCAAAUUUUCUCCUAUAUAACUUACCAGUGCUUAUUUCAUAAAACAAGCAGAUAUAUGUAAAUAAUUACUAGCAAUAGGUUACAAUUACUGGUUAAAAAUAACAUUGGCAUAUGGGACUUGUUGCCAGUUGUAAUUUUCAUUUGUUUUGUUUGUUUGAUUUGAACCCUGGAAGUGAAAUAAAAUUUUGACUAUUUAAAAUGUUGGCAAAAAAAAAAAAAAAUCAAGGUUUAAAUGUGUAUUUGUACUGAAAACUAAUAACUGCCAAUUCUCAGCCAUCUUUUAUGCUUGAAAGAAGAGUGGUUGGAAUGUUGUGAAUGUUAGCAGACUUUCCUGCAUGUGUCAGAAAAUCCUAUAUAUGAAUCCUGUCAGUAUUGCUUGCUGUCUGAAAAAAUAUCAAAUCCAGGCGUGAGUUCUUUCUAAAUUUGAAAAAUAAUAAGAAAUUGUAU